CACACCCACAGUUGGGAACGCGUCCUUUUCCGGGUUUGAGUUGAAGCAGGGACCCGACAAUGGGUGCUAAUUUACAUUUCACACAGUGAGUUGUUACUAUAACUGUAUAUUCUUCCCAAAUCCCAGGUGUGGAACAUUUUGCAAAAAGAAGAACAGAAAUAAAGGUCAGGACAAAAGCUGCAGGGAUGUCAGAAGUUAGUGUUGAGGCUGUGUCCAGGAAUGCUCCAGCCCAGGACCUACAAAUGGAUUCCCCAGAGGAGGUUCAGAAUACAGAGGACAUUCAAAUACAGUGCGAGGAUGAUAACUACAGCUCUGAUAGUGCUGAGUAUAUUCCAGACGAUGAAGUGCCUCUUGAUGAUGAAGCCGAUGUUGGAAGCAACAGUGUUGUUCAAAACAACAGCAAUAUUGCAGAAAACAUAGAUGGCUGUCAAAGUGAUAAUGUUCAGAGCAAAGGUGAUGUAACGGAAAACUGUGUGAAUGCUGUGCAUGAUGGUGUUUCAAACAUCUGUGGCACAGCACGUUUUGACGGAGUUUCUGCUCAAAAUGAAAAUUACCCUUCAGUGACAACUGAUAAUAAAACGCCAAAGGAACAUGAUACCCAAAAGGAACCUGAAGAUUCUCACACUCAUACCAAGGAGAUUGCUAUGGCAGAGGAGGUCCACAGCCCUGCAGCAGAGAUCUCCGUUACCAGCAAUGGAGACUUGGAGGAGAGCCACGAAGAUGUGUUCAGGGACCCUUCUCACAGUGUCCCUGGCGGCCUAAACCUGUCAGAAAGCCAUGUCAGCUCUGGGAACUUUGCCUCGACAACAGAAGGCAUUAUUGAAUCGGGACCUUUCACAGGGUCAGCGUUCCAGCCCAGGUCUCCUGUGGCACCUGUAGCUCCUAGUUCAGCCGCGGCUAGCCGCCUGGCAAGACUCGCCAGCGAUUCUCAUGCUGAGAUUCAGAAAGGCACUAUGCAAGGGCAGCCACUGAGUGGGCCGGUGGUCCUUGCAGACGACCUUAAGAACCCUGCCAUGGAGAAACUGGACCUAGUGAGGAAGUGGAGCAUUAACACCUACAAAUGCACCAGGCAGAUUUUGUCAGAGAAGCUGGGUCGCGGCUCGCGGACCGUGGACCUGGAGCUUGAGGGACAGAUUGAAGUGCUACGUGAAAACAAGCGCAAGUAUGAGCAAGUGGUCAAACUGGCCCAGACGCUUGCCAGCCAGCUCACUCAGAUCAUGCAGACGCAGAGGCAACUGGGCGACGCCUUUGCCGACCUCAGCCUGAAGUCUCCAGAGCUCCACGAGGAGUUUGGCUACAAUGCUGACACCCAAAAACUCUUGUCCAAAAAUGGCGAGACCCUACUGGGAGCAAUAAACUUCUUCAUCGCCAGUGUGAACACACUGGUUGACAAAACUAUCGAGGACACCAUGAUUAACAUCAAACAGUAUGAAACUGCCAGGAUUGAGUAUGACGCGUACCGCACAGACCUGGAGGAAUUAAACCUGGGACCACGGGAUGCCACCACAUUGCCCAAAAUAGAACAUUCCCAGCAGCAGUUCCAGAUCUACCGUGAGAAGUACGAGAAGAUGCGCAAUGAUGUGUCCAUCAAGCUCAAGUUCCUGGAAGAGAACAAGGUGAAAGUGUUGCACAAUCAGCUGAUCCUCUUCCACAAUGCCAUCGCGGCAUACUAUGCAGGAAACCAGCAGCAGCUGGAACAGACGCUCAAGCAGUUCCACAUCAAGUUGAAAAUGCCUGGUGGGGACAUGCCAUCUUGGUUGGAGGAGCACUAAUCAACCAAUCAUCCCUUCCCCCAACAUUUUUUUGGGGCAGACUACAGAAUUAAUUAGUGAUUUUUUUUGACAAACAACACUCUGCUCUACCUGUCAGCCUACCUUAUUCUAUUCUUCAAAAUUGUUAAAUGUUUUUAGAUGAAGCAAAAAAGGACCAAAAUUAUAUAUAAAAAAAUAUAUUUAUAAUCUCUUGUUUGAUAAACUGUACGUUCUGUUUCCUACUAUGCUCCUGUUUUUUUCUGUUCAUGAAAAUCCAUUGACCUUUUUUCCAAUGGUGAAGAGUAGCUGUCUCUGGUUUCUUGUCUCGGCCUUUUCAUCUCGGCCACAUCUGUUUUACUUGAAUGGCUGCAGUUCUUUUCUAAUCAUGGGAAUUGCACUUUUUAGUAUGAUCUGACAAAUCUAAGGAGAUGAUAAAUAUGUUUUGGAAACUACGGCUUUUUACUCUAGCUUAUGAAUGUUCUAUCUCUGCACUGAUGCGCUGUUUAGGGGAGAAAACUAUUCUGCUGUCAGUUUGAUUCCAUCAAGUUUACCCCAUGUUUUUGAGAUUUUGUUAAUGUCUGGAUGAUUGAUGAAGUAACACUAAUGUUAGACGUCGUUACGUGUGCAUGAUACAUCAUAAGCUUGACGGGAAACCUGUUAUACAGACUGUAUUAGUUUUAGGUUUGCAUUAACAGGGUUUGUACAAACGUUUCUGACUGCCAAUGCCAAUUCACAUUUCUGACUUAAAUUUAUAAAAAAGCAGCCCAUAAUAACUUGUCAGAAGAAGGAGAAGUUUUAUGAUGUUGGUGAAAUCAUGCAUCGUACACUUUAUGUAUAUACUGUAUAUGUGUCUAUAUGCACAUGCAUAUAGAAAGACAUGUCAAGAAUUAGGUAAAAUGAAUCUGGUUUGCGAGCUGUCAUUACUCUGUGAGAAGUGAUGUUUUUUGCUGUUUAGUUGGCUAUGAUUAUUUAGUAAUGUCUGUAACAACUAUUGUUGUUAUCCACAGUCACAUUUUACUUUACAAGCUGUAAAACUAACAGUUAAAUAAGCGGUUUUGGUCAGCUUCUUUUGUACAUUUUUGCAAUGGAAUAAUAUUGUAUCCCUAAUAGAAUAAUGAAUUAAAACAAUAAUUCUGAUAUGUUAUGGCAAUAGUUUUCCGUACUGUAACAGGGUCCAGCAUGAAGGCUACAAGUUUAGGAUUAGCGUACACCUGCUUGAUGAGAAAGAUUAUGUGCUAAAUUUGGGCCCACAGACAAUGCUGCCAUUUACAGCAAAGGCAUUAGCUGUGCCUGUCUACCCAUAGCAAGAAGCUCGAACUGUUGAAUUGGCUUGGGUUGCAAUGUUAGAUGUACACCAGGCUUAUAUUUGUGGAAUGAUUACAUAGUAUGAAUACAUUAUUUGUACUUAAUUUUUAAGGAAAAUCUCAUAUAUACUGUCAUGUAAAAAAGCUAUUACAACCCCCUUUUUUUUUAUACAUAUUUUGUCAUGGAUAUGUUAUCUUCAAACCUCAGCACUAUUGACAUAAAGGUAACCUAGUUUAACAUAUUUCAGUUAAAGAUUACACUGAAAUGUAUAUUUAUUAAUCAAAAUCACAGAUAAGGUAGAAUGAAACAAGUACACCCCUAGCUUCCAUAGCUGGUCUUUCCUCAUUCUGUGCUGAAAUAACUUAAUGUAGCCUUUUCUUGUAACUUUCUAUCAGUCUUUACAUCGACUGGGACAAAUGUUUAGGCUACUCCUCUUUACAUUACAGUUUCAACUGUGUCAUGUUGAAACUGCUUUCUUUCAUGCACAGCCUGCUUCAAGUCCCCAUCAGCAUUUCAAUAUGAGUGAGGUCUGGGCUUUGACUUUAGUAUACUAUGGAUUUGAUUAUUGACUAGUUGGCCUGGCCCAAAAUCCACUCCAUGCUUUACAGUUUGUUUGAGGUUCUUCUGUUCAAAGGCAGUUUUUGUUUUCACCGUAUGGUGCCUUUCAUUGUGUCUAAAAAAAAAACUCCACUUUUGACUGAACUAUGCAGAGCAAAUCUUUCCAUGAGUUAUGGUCUUUUCCAGCUGUUGUCUAGCAAACGUUAGUUAUGAUAUUCUUUUUUGUGUGCAGGGGCGUCUUCCUUCUUGACCUCCCAUGUAGGUAAAGGUUGUGCUGUCAGUUUCUGACAGUUCACUCAUGUGCUUUGACAUUGACUCUAGAAACUGUGAUGUUGCCCUGGGUUUCUUAAAGACUUGUAUGUGCAUUUCUACGUCAGCUGUUGGGUGGAUUUUUAUGUAACCCCACUGUUCUAUGUAGAUUGCCAGUGGUCUGGAAUUUUCCCUGUUUGUAGAAUAUACAUUUUCAAAGUGGAAGGAUGUACUUCAAAUUGCUUGGCAAUGGCUUUUGUAACAUACCAUUAAAAAGAUGAGGAAUGGACCAAUCACCUACACUACAUACACUCCAUGCCAACAUGGUUAAACUCAGUAACCCUAUUUCACUAUGACCACCCAUGUAGAAAGAAUGCCGAAGCUGCAUUUGUAUGUUCUGUAAACCCAAACUACACUUUAACAUUAGCAAGAAAUGUAUUGCACUGAGGAAUGAGACAAAGAAAAAGGGAAUAAAACAAUCUGGCUUGGCAUUGUAUGAUGACAAUCUCUACACUAGUUAGCGUUGUUAACACCCCCUGAAAACAGCUCAUUCUUUAUAUAGUUUGUCUUUAUAAUUUUCCUUUCCUCUUCUCCACAUUCAACCGCUCAUGAACACCUAGAGAAUAAUUGUGUAAAAUGGCAACCAAACUGAUUUGGACAAGACAAUACUUUUUGCUUGUACAUAGAAAAGAUCAGCAUUCUCAGCCUGAGCUUAAAUUGUUAACUUCUAGAAAACUCUGUUUUCUAGAGGACUACCGAUAAUUCUGUUGUAUUGUGGCAUAGAAUGUCAUGUAAUAUUCUGGUUGCAAAAUGUAUUUCUGUUGUUGAAACAUCAAACAAUAACUGGGUAUAGACCUAAUUUUCAGAAGUCUUGUUUUGGUUUUCAUCUGGUACACCUGCCCACCUUCUAUUUUGCACCAUAUUCAAACUGUAAAAAUGACUUUAUUGCAACCACUUCUGCCCACUGGGGUUUCUUCAGUUUGUACUUACGCUGUUUUACAGCAGGAAAUGUACUGUGUCUUGUACAGCAAAUAUGGUGUUAACUGACAAGCAUAAAUAUAUAUAUUUGUAAUUUCCUCUUUUACCUUGGAUAUACAGUAUAUGAAUGAAGACUUUACUAGUGGAGUGUAACUUUGUAAUAAUGAAACAUACUGAUUAACAUAUGUUCAGUUGAAAACAGGUUGCUAAAUGUUGUGUAACAGCUUUUGGGAAAAAAAUAAAUGUUUUCUUCAUAAA